CAGGGUUCGCACGGUUUUCUGCCCUGUGUCGCCCGAUUAUACACUGAGAUCAGCGAUCGGUGUUCAGCAUUGGCUGUCCCACCGGGCUGUUUUCACUAAUGAGUGUCCGUAGAAGCUGCCAUGAUAGAUCUAACCUCGAGGGAAGCACCAGGUGAAAAAGUUGUAGUUUGCUGCUGUGUGGGACCGAAGUGAGUGACGGGACGUUUGGGGACACCGUUACCCAUCAUCUGAGGGGGGCGGAGCAACACGUUACACCAAAAUGGCCACCCCCUAUGUCACAGAUGAAUCUGGAAAAUACAUUGCUGCCACUCAGCGACCUGAUGGAACAUGGAGGAAACCGAGGCGGGUGAAGGAUGGUUAUGUCCCACAGGAAGAAGUACCAGUCUAUGAAAACAAGUAUGUGAAGUUUUUCAAGAGCAAACCAGACCUGCCACCUGGCAUGAACCCGUCCGAGGCAGCUCAGCCGAAGCAGCAGCAAAAGAUCCCCGGUUGCGUGGACGAGUCAGCCGGUCUCUCAAAGGCUGCCAAACGCAACAUGAAACGCAAAGAAAAACGAAAACAGCAGCAGCACCAGGGCCAGGAUGGGGACGCGGAUGUGGACUCGGUGAGCGAUGCCGUCGAGAACGUCUCCAUUUCAGAGGGCGGCGAGUCUUCAAACAAGACGUCAGCGGCGGCAGUUUCUGUCUCAACUCCAGAUGAGUCCUCGGCGGCGGCAGCUGAAAAGGCCAAGAAGAUCAAAAACCUGAAAAAGAAGCUGCGACAAAUUGAGGAGUUGCAGCAGAAAGUGGACUCAGGGGAAAUAAAAGAACCAACGAAGGAUCAGUUGGAAAAGCUGGGUCGGGCUCUGGCCUUACAAGAUGAGUUACAGCAGCUCGAGCGCGAUUCUUGAAGCAAUAAAGAAAAGCAGAAGAGUCGGACAGACUAAACAUACAAACUACAUACUGAAAGACAGGGAAGGGACCUUUGCAGCUUUGUGAUCAUAGCUUCCAUAAACAUAUUGUACCUAUUUGAUAUUCAUCUUGAACUUCGGAGGUGAAGCAGUCCCAGCGCCUUUCAAGCAGAGAAUGAGAGGACGUCUACACGGCAGGCACCGCCUCUUCUGAACCGACCAGCCUGUUUUCUAGAUUCAGAUCUCUAAUGUUAAGACUCAUGCUCAUACACUUGUACUGGCCAGGCCACUCAUUUCUAAAUAUCUUUUAAAGACAUCAUUGUGAAUUGUUUUGUGCGUGUCUGUCUUUUCCAUUUUGUACCUUUCAUGGUAUCAGGUAUAACUAACACAUAAAAUGGAAGAAAUCUUUUCUGUUUAAGAGAAUAUAGUUUGUUGACCUGUCUUUAAGAAUUAAAGCAACUACAAGGAACCUUCAUUUUGUAUUGAUUUUGGUGCCCCCUGUGGACAAAAGCGGUAAUGUUUCCCAGAAUGAAUACUGCAUUCCCCAUGAGCACCAUCACUUCUUGUUAUAAAGUUCUUGAUCUGGCUAGUGCGUGCACUUGUUGUGGAAGCAACAACUUAUUUUUAAUAUUAUUUUAAUAUUAUCUUUUUUUAAACUUGUUUGCAGGAAGCAUAGCAAUGAGACACUAUCUGUUUGUAGCUUUGUGGAAUCAUGAGUAAUGCGACGAUAGCAAAACAAAGUAAACCAUUCAUAUACUUAGUUUACAUGUAAGCCUACAACUGAUGGAUUCAGUUGCUCGGUUAUAGUUAAACCACGUUGCCAAUGUAUUUCAUAAAUCAAACAGACAUGUUAAGUACCUGUCAAGUAGGAAGAGGAUCAAUUCUGAAUCCUUUGAAAUUCUGCAAAUGUCUCCCUCUGUUGAAUUAUCACUUGUGUUUCCACCCUUGUUCUCUCACCGACUUUUUGUUCUUUGGUCGGUUAUUUUUCUUUCUGCUGAUCCCGUCAGCAAUAGCCAUAAAACACAAUGUCAAAAAUCAAAUUCUCUGAUCACUGAUCACUGUAAACACAGACUCUCCAAACUGUGUGGUCUAAAUUUCAUCUGAUUUUGUGGGGAAUCGGACGCGGUUACAGGCAUUAAUGAUAACUUUAUAGAAAGUCUUGUUUGUUUUAUGUGAGUCACACAGAGCCAUCACUGUUCAACUGAGACUGUUUCAUAACCAGUUAAAAACUCCUUGUAGCUGCUUUAACACAGUAUUUUUGUCAACGAUUGGAUGGCUUCUUGUCGUGACACUAAUCUUGAGGCACUCUCUAUAAAGUCAUUACGUGAAUUAAAACUACAUGCUGCGUAAAGUGUUUAUCUCAUGUUACUCUUUAGUAAGGAAGUACUGUGAGUAACCUGAAUAACCUGAAUAGUUUCAUUUUUAAAGGCAGGAUGUAAAUUCUCAGAAGAAUAAAUCUGUAUUUUGGUGUCACUGGAUAUUUUGGAAAUGAUUUACACACUUUAAGUACAUUGUGUAUUUCUCUAAUUGUCAACAAAUCCCAUGAAACGGCCCAAACCAACUAGGAAUUGAUCCUACCGACACAUACUGUCUGUGCAGCUGAAGCCCGAUCGUGCUCCUCUGUGCCACAGAGCUCCAUUGUCGUCCAUAAACUAUUAAAACCACAUCGAUGAUCCACACUGUUGCACUGGGUGACAUGCUCCUUUAUUAUGAUGAACAUGGACCCUGUAGUUACUUUGAGUUGAUCCCACAUGCACCCUGCUGCUGCUGUAAAUACUCCCCAGAACACCAAAUAUGUAUUAAUCCGCAUCUGAAAAUAGUCCCCAUAAAUACACUGUUCACUCCUGUUUGAGUAAUGUUUGCUAAAACAAUAGUAUUCAGCUGUUUUAGGGAAUGACUGACCAUUUUAAAAAAGAAGAAUCGUUUGUGGCCUUUUUUGAAAGAUUCAUGUUUUCAGUAAUAACAAAU